AUGGCGCCCGCGCGUCGCGCACCGCCGGACACGACGCACGAGGCUGAAGGACUUGGGCGACAGCAGGGUCGUGGCCCGAGCGUUGUGCUGCUGGAGGCCGAGCGCGAGCUCGCGUGCGAGGACUGUCACUACGGCCGCGACUGCGUGAACCUGCUCGGAGCAGGCAUCCAGAUGGCCGACCGCGUGCUGACCGUGUCGCCGAACUACGCGAGGGAGAUCCAGACAGCCGUGGGUGGGCUCGGCCUGGACCACGCCCUGCGGGAGAAGAGCGGCCAGAGGCCAACGCCCCGACUGUACCUUUGGGCGGCCGUGCAGCGCCUGGACUCGGAGAUGAAGAUCGUGGGCGAGUACGGCCUGAAGAACAAGCGCGAGGUGUGGCGCGUGCAGUACGCCCUGGCCAAGAUCCGCACCGCGGCGCGCCACCUGCUCACGCUCGACGAGAAGAGUGAGCAGCGCAUGUUCCAAGGCGAGGCGCUGCUCCGCCGCAUGAUCCGCAUCGGCCUGCUGAUGGAAAGCGAGAAGAAGCUGGAUUACGUGCUCGGUCUGACCAGCGCGAAGAUCAUGGAGCGCCGCCUGCAGACCAAGGUCUUCAAGCUCGGGCUGGCGAAGUCGAUCCACCACGCCCGCGUGCUGAUCCGCCAGCGCCACAUUCGCGUCGGCAAGCAGAUCUGCAACAUCCCGUCGUUCCUGGUGCGCCUCGACAGCGAGAAGCACAUCGACUUCGCUCUCACCUCCCCGUUCGGCGGCGGCAGGCCCGGACGCGUGCGCCGCAAGAUGAUGCAGAAGAAGGGCGGCGACAAGGACGGCGACGACGAGGAGGACUGA